CGGGGCGGGAGAAACCGGACUAAACCAGCCUGUGCCGCGGCGGACGCCAGCGCUGACCCGUCGCCUGCUCUUUCCUCGGCGGUGGCCGGAGGAAAACAGUCGCGGCCCGGGGUGGGGACUCGACGUGCUAAUGAGACACGCGGGGCAGGUAGGCGCCUGUGCGCCCACUGCGCCUGCGCGCAGCUUCCCGGCGCCCGAGGCGCCGCUGCUUUCCCGCCGCCGCCGCUCCGCGCAGCGCGGUCUAUGCCGGGAGCCCGGCGGGACCUCUGCCCCCAGGGUCAACCCCCGAUAAACGCUGCCUGCAUCUUUCUUGGCCUCCUGUCAAUUCUGUGUGCGCCGGAGCCAAAGAGCCCGGGGGUCGGGAACGGACUCCGGCCGCCACGCAGGCAGCCCAGGAGGGAGCCCCCGUGCGUCCCCGAGGACCCGGAGUCGGCGCACGGCGGUCGGGGCCCCUCCGACCCUUGGGGCUGACGAGCGGCCUGGAGCUUUAGUCCGGCGACUCGGCGGCGAGAUGCCCGGAAGGCCCCGAACCAUCUUACUCAUGUUGAGCCUGCGAAGACUUCAAAUGCUUGUUCAAGAAGCGGCCCACAGAGUCAGAUAAGUGAUUAUACCUUGGUGGUUUGGUUUGCUGACUUUGCUUUUUUUUGCCUUUGUUUUACUUUUUCUUCUCUGUGAGUACUGUUUCGGGUCACCUCCACUCCCUGGGAAAGACCCAUUCUGCUACUGCGGGGUCUAGAAGAUCAAAACCAAUGAUGGGAAUGAUGACGUGGACCCUUCUCUUGGCCCUUCUCCUGGGGAUGAGUUGGGAAGAAAAUAACAAAGUGGGGGAAACCUGGAGAGAAAACUCAGUUGUCAACUUUUCUAGCAUUGUGGCCUCGGGAAAUAAUCUCUCUAAUUGUUGGAUCUGUCAUCCUCACCCACAAGAUGGGGCUCCUAAGUUCCAGUUUGUACCUAUAAAUGAGGAUAUUACUCUCACCUUGACUUCUGGUCCUGUUAGGAGCACACCCCUUCUAACAGUAGAGCUCGAUGGUCGUGACGAUAUGAGAUGUGUCAGGCUUACAGACUCUUGGAACCAAACCGGUCUCCAGGUUAAGCGGCCUCUUCUCUGUAAAGAACAAGGACAGCCCUGUUGCCCCUGCUGGACAGAUACCUGCCUUCCCAGUGUGGGAAGCUCGCCCUCCAUUUUCCCUAUGUCAUUUUCCUCCUCAAGCUCUUCAUGUACCCCCAACCAGACCCACUGGUGUGUGGACUCGUCUCUACUCUCCCCAGAUGACCGACCUAACUUCUCCUGUACAUACUGGAAAGGAACAGCAUCCCCUUCCUGGAGGCUCGCCUAUCAGACCCCAUCUGCCUUCAAUAGCCAGGAGGGAAUAGAAGAGGAUUCAGAGCUUGGUGGGGGGCCACUGGAUGGAGGGCCCCUGUCCCCCGGAUGCAAAAGUACAUCUAGCUGGGGUCUCCUUUUACGAAGCUGGUUUAAUUCCUCUUCACCCCGCCAAGCUUGUACCCCACCUGGGUAUCUGUUUCUCUGCGGUCCACCACAAAAUAAACUCCCCUACGAAGGGAGCCCUAAUUCCUCCUUCUCCUGGCCUCUUCGGGCAGUGGCCUAUUCAUGUGUAGAUAAUGUUCACUUCCGGGGAGAAUGCACUUUGGGACGAUUGGGCCCUAAAGGAUUAGGCGCCACUGUAUAUAAUAUCACCUCUCAAACCAGACGUAAGAGAGCGCUCAGUCUCAUCUUGGCAGCAACUGGGGAAGGCGUAGGACUGGCUGCCCCCUGGCGGGGGUUUGCUUAUCGUGAAACAACCUUAAAAAACCUUACCCAGGUCAUAGAAAACCUGGCCACAAACACCAGUGACAGCUUCGAGGGCCUUCAGGAGUCCUUGGAUUCCUUGGCUAAUGUCAUACUUGACAAUCGGUUAGCUCUGGAUUAUCUUCUGGCCAAACAAGGGGGUGUCUGUGCCCCAGUCGACGACACUUGCUGUACCUUCAUCAACGACUCUGGGGAGGUCGAACUAAAUAGUCGGGAGGUUCACAGACAAGCCAGGUGGUUGCGCGUGCUCAAUAAUCACGAUGCCCAAACUCAGUGGGACUCGAAUAGAUCCUCUGUGCCCAGCAUUGCAUGAUUCCUUCCUGUCCUGGGCCCCCUGGUGGCCAUCAUUCUUUUGUUAAUAUUCAGACCCUGUCUCUUUAAUCUUUUGGUUAUGUUUGUGUCUUCUAGACAGCAGUUUCCUGUCAAACUGAUGGUGGCACAAGGGUCCCACCUAUCCGGUCCCAAGAGGAAUAAUGUCCCUAUAGAGCGUUAAAGCAGUCCAGGAGAGAUCUUUACUCCUCUAGGGUAGGACAGAGACAACACCCCACUCAGCAAGAAGCAGUUCCAGAAGAUGAGACCUUCGGCCCCUCCUCCUUAGGAAUAAGGAGGGUAAAAUCUCUCCGUGGGGGACGGAGAUAGACCAAAGGCUGCGUCUGGGACCCUGCCCCAUCCUAACCAUGAAGCCCAUGGCUCCCUGCAUGUCACCUUAGAAGAAAAGGCUGAACACCACGGCUUUGAGCACUAGAUCUCAGGGAUACAGAAGCGGGAUGUUUUCUAGAACUCUGCAGAAGAAACCGGACUAAACCAGCCUGUGCGCGGUGGACCCCAGUGCUGACCCUUACACCUGCUCUUUCCUCCGGAUGGUGCUAGCAGUCAGGGCCCGGGGCGGGGACUUGACAUGCUAAUGAGACACGUGCUCGCUGUGGGCGCAAGUUGUCCACGGUGCCUUCUUGCAGCUUCCCCUAGCUCCACACCCCCACCCCCACCCCCACCCCGGAGGUCCCUGCUCUCCUGCCUCAACCCUUUCACCAACUUGCAGGGCCCGGGGCCGUUUUUUCCCAGCGCUGCCUCCCCGGUACUGGAGCGUAAGCCCCCAAUAAACACUGCCUGAAUCUUUU